CGACUGCGGCAUUUCGACUUUCUGGCCAUCCACUUCCAGGUCCUCCAGCUCCUUGAAGUACUUUUCCUUUAAGCAGUGGAGAAUCUCUCUGGCGUGGCUGCACAGGAGGGAGACACACAGCAUGAGGCAGGACGGGGACUCGCCUUCCCCGGGCAGCAGGGCACUCAUAUUUCCUCUUCUGAUCCGGGAAGGAAAGCCAACACCAUUUUUCACUUUUGCGCUGGCACUUCUGUUCUGUGUUUACAAUGGAUACUUGCAAGGCCGAAGCUUAAGCAACUAUGCAAAAUACCCUUCAGGCUGGUUAAAAGAUCCAUGCUUUAUUACAGGUUUUAUGGGGUGGUUGAUUGGCAUGGCAGUCAAUAUUCAUUCUGAUCAUAUUCUCAGAAAUUUGAGAAAACCAGGGGAAACUGGCUACAAGAUACCAAGAGGAGGAAUGUUUGAGUAUGUCAGUGGAGCCAACUUUUUUGGAGAGAUCCUGGAAUGGUUUGGGUUCGCCCUUGCCUGCUGCACCAUUGAAAGCCUUGCAUUUGCAUUGUGCACUCUUUUCAUCUUGGGUUCAAGGGCAAAACAACACCACCAAUGGUACCUUGAGAAAUUUGAAGAUUACCCGAAGAACAGAAAAAUUGUGAUCCCAUUUGUGUACUGAGCUGUCCUUUUAACAUUGGUUUGUGAAAUGGAUGCUUUCUGUGACAGCUAAUACUUUACAGGUGGUACUCUGAUCAUCACUGUGAAAAGGCCUUGCAUCAGUACUACUUAGCUACUGCUUUUCCUUUUCAUGAAAACCUGGAAUCUGAUGGAGGUGGUGAAUAGGAAUGGAAACACUUUCAGCAGUUGUGCACCAUCAUAAAUACGUUGGGCAAUGUGUCUGAGUUCGCAUUACGGAAAAUACUGUAUGGGACUUCCGGUGCUUCCUUUUCUUUCUAUGCAGGCUUCUGCUGUUUCCACUCAAUAUAGCCACUGUUCUGAGCAUUAUGCUGUUAGUCCAGUCACCCUCACUGCAGUCUGGAUGGUGUUUUACUUGCCAGCAUACACAAAUGGGGUCAGUUUUCUCCCUCUACUUUCCUAUCCUUUAUUCCACCAACAUGCGUCUCCAGGAGAGCUGCUGAUGCAGACCAAGGACAUUAGAUGAAUACAGUUGCUGUUAGGUGAAGGACAGUGUUCUUCCUCCUCUGCAUAGGUAAGACUUAACACCAUUUAUAUAAACAGUUUCUUGCUACCUUUCCCAAAUAAUAGAUUUUCAUCUACCUCGCAAUUUGAUAACUAUCUCAAUAUUAAUCUGUUUUCUCACUCCAGACUGUUUUUUGGAAGACAUUAUGUAUUUUGGGAUACUUAGGCCAGUACAGCACUGCGAACAAUUGUGUAAUGUUUUCUAACUUACUUUAUAAAAAACCUUGGAUUUUUACAAGAACUCCUUACUAUGCUGUUUUAAAAAAAAUCAAGUGUCUUCCUGCUCCUGUUGAUAACACCAUAUGAUUUUAUAUUUAAAAAAUCUGGAGUCUUCUAGUGCUGCUUGUUUUACUAAUGUCAGUUCUCAUACACCUACAUUUUUCUCCUGAAGGACUCCAGAAGGGUUUCAGAAACAUGAUUGAAUCCCAGGUAUCCUGACUUUCAAGUUUAAGGCAUAUCUGCAUCCUUAGCAUACUUGUGAUGCUAAAGAAUUUUUCAGAAUUGCUGAAAAAGAAAAUUCUAAGAAAUUCUACAGGAAACUUAGAAAAACUAAAACCACAAACCAAAACCAGUACUUGCUACACUGAAGUCCUGGCUGUCAUUAAGGAUUUAUUCAGUUGUGUAGCAAAAAAGUCUAUUGUUAUAGACUGAAAUAGUCAAAGGAAGGGUGGGAGGGAAACUGGCAGUCCUGUAGUGAUAACUUAUCUAGAGUUAAGCCCUUGGACUGCCAGUUGCUCCUCGUAGCAUUGACAGGGAUGACCAAUCUUGCUCUCCAAAUACUAUUCAAAUAAUCCCAAAUAAUAUCCAAAAUGUCCAGUUCCAAGAGCAUGUAGUAUUAUCUAUUCAUUUAAUACUAGUGUCAUUACUCAAUUUUCAGGUUGCUUAAUAAUUUCUUUAGUGUUUAUAUAUUUCCUUAGUGUUUUACAGGAAGUUUGAGGCUUCCCUUGUAUUUGUUAUCACACUAUAAUUUGAUAUUUGAUCCUAGCUGUUCUGAUGAACAUGAAGUACCCUAGGGAGAGGAGGGUGAGGAGGAUGACUUAUUCUUCAGUAUAUUAGAAGUACUAAAGUGGAGUUAGUGGACAAAAGAAGUUCAGUAGGAUCACUUAAAUCAUAUUCUGAAGAGACUUUUAGAAAUUUAGUCUUAGCUAUUAAGAUAUUUCUAAACCAUAUCACAUCCCUGUGGCAGUUUUUCUAAAUCUUGGUAUCUGAAUCAUCCAGCUAUCAAAAUCUGGUUUAGGGGAAGAAUAUAGGAUUCAAAGAGCACUGUUUACUCUUGCAUAGUUUAAAUACUUGCAUAGUUUGUGGUAAAUUAAUAUAUCUUUAGGGAUAUUUGUCAUUAAAAAAAAUCGCUAAUGGGACAAGCAACCAGUAAAAACAAAAAUCUGGCUGCAGCACUUUAGUUUCUAAUCUACCGCCUCAUUUUUAUUUUUUGGCCUUUAUUAAAAGGCAGAUAUUAUUUUAAUAGUAAACAGUGAGAAACUGCUUAGUGUUAAGUAUGUAUCCUCAUAUUUAAGAGCUGUGGCUCUCUGUAAGUGGUAGUUUUUAUCAUAGUUAAUAGAAAAUUUGUACUGAUGCCUCAGUUUUGCUGUGGUGCUGUGCUGCUAAAUAUCUUGACUAAAAAUUCAUCUAAUUUGCUGACAUAAUGUUAAUUUAUGGUUAACCUAUAGCAGGAUGGGGAUAUGAUGCUUGACAGCUGAUCUGUGUCCUUUCUCUUUUUAUGAAAAAGAAAAGCUAAGGUCUAAGGGGUGUUAAUAUCAGUGUGUUUAGAAAUUUGGGUUAAUUGGCUAUUUAAAAAAUAAAGACAGUUUUGUUCUUUGUGUGUUUAUAUUUUAUAUUCUCGUUAUACUGGUGGAACCUUCCUUGAGUAAAAUGCAGAAUUUGAGGCAGUUCAUUAGAGGAACAGCUGAGGGAACUGGGUUCUUCUUUUAGCCUGGAGAAAAGGAUGCUAAGGGGAAACCUUACCACUCUUUACAACUGCCUAAAAGGAGGAUGGUGCAUGGUGGGUGUCAGUCUCUUCUCUCAAACAACAGGAGGUUAGAUUGGAUAGGAGGAAAAAUUUCUUCACCAACAGGGUUGUUAGGAACUGGAACAGGCCGCCUACGGAAGCACCCAGGUGGAAUCACCGUCCCUGAAGGUAUUUAAAAAGACGCAUGUAGGUGUCACAUUUAGAGAUAUGAUUUAGUGAUGCACUUGGCUGUGCUAGGUUAAUGGUUGAACCUGACGAUCUUACGGGUCUUUUCUAACCUAAAUGAUUCUAACAUUCUUGCAUUUCAAGACCAAGGUACAUUGGAGAAAAGCAUACAGUCAACUUGGUCAAAUGCUAGAACUGCCUUUUGUUUAAACAAUAUCCUGUUUAUUUAUCAACACUUCACUCAUGCUCCCUUCCCCUUUCAGCACCUUACAGAUUUUCUCUGUUUGAAAAUAUCUGAUACUGAAAAAUAUUUUCCUGAAAAUAUGUAGUGUGAAAGUGAAUUGUUCUGCCUGUUCCAGAAGGAGAAAGCAUGUAUGCUUGCUACUGGGCAUAAUAUCUGUUGCAAUUUUUAACAGAGACAUUUCUAUCUUUCCCCGAAAUCCUCUACUAAUAAAGUAAUGGUUUGCAGGGUCUUGCUUGAGUACUUUUUUUCCUGCUAGUAAUCCUUGCUGCAACUUGUGAAGGUUGACCAAGGCUUUUGUACCAUUGAUUUCAUUAUCUCAAAUGAGGUCUUGAGGACUGCAAUAGUAAGGUUGUAUUAGAAUAACAUAGAUGGAUAUGGGAACUUGACAAGAUGUACUCAAAAAAAUAAAUCAUUAAAAGUCACAAGUUUGGG